CACCUUCUCGCCCUACCACCACGCUGCACAGCUCUUCUCCCCAAGCCUCCAAGUUCCCUACGGAUCACCUCGCCCCACCUGUACCUGCCCGCACACGCCCUCUAUCUCGGCGCCCCCGCGGGGUCUCUCUUCCUGCAAUCUACCGACCGUCUCGUCCUGCCUCCACCCCUGACUGCCUUUGCCCGUCGUACUCACCAGUCGCUCCAUCCGUCGUUCGCUGUCGCAAGCAAGCCGCUGGUGCGUCCAACACUCCGCUCGUCCAACACUCCGCUCGUCCAACAGUCCUUCUCUGCACACGCUAUCCCUCCAAAUCGACUCCUCUUUCCCCGCUAAUUUCCACUCCGCAACUUUCGCCUUCUCCGCGCGCGCCCUCACUCCGCCAUGCCCACCCACCUGCCGCACGCCGAUGCUUCCUCCCCCGCCACGCACGCGCUGCACUCCUCGCCCGCGUCCCUCAUGCCUCCGCCAGGCCCCCCCGCCGCCUCCCCCAUGCCCGCGACGUCCUCCCCCUCGCAGCCCGCCUCCUACCCCAUGUCCCGCGUCGCAGCCCCUUACACGCUUGCCGCUAACGCGCCCGCCGGAAUGGCGGGUGGCGCAAUGGGGGGGGUGAUGAGUCCAACGGCGAGCGCACAGCUGCGCGCGUCCGCCCUUGCCAACAACCCUAACGCCUCCGCGCAGGGUGCGCCUUCCCCCUCCGCCAUGGCGCAAACCAUGGGGAAGGCUGGCGCUUCCCCAAGCCCCUCCGCCUCCCUGUCCGCCCUCCCCUCCUCCCUGCACCUUCCCUCCAAUCUGCGCGGCGCCCAGUCCUCCCCCACCGUGCCCUCCCAGUUCUCCCCCCCUUCAGCGCCCCCCCAAUACGCCGCCCAGGCGCAAUCCGCAUCCCCUGGCGGGGCCUCCUUUUCCCCAAGUGCGCCACACCUGCAGCAGCAAGGCUACAGCGCCAGCCCAGGGGGAGGCGCCCGGGGCGGAAUGCAGCAGCAGCACGGCCAGCAAGGGUCGGUGGGAGCACUCUCUCCUCUGUCGCCCACCCAGGGCAAGCAACAGCAGCACUUCGCUCCCUCUCCCCAUCACCACCAGCUGCUGCAGCAGCAGAAGCAACAGCAACACAGGCAGCAGCAACAGCAACAGCAACAACAGCAACAGCAACAACAGCAACAGCAACAACAGCAACAGCAGCAACAGCAACAGCAACAGCAGCACCAAAAGCAGCAACAGCAGCAGCCGAAGCAGCCACAGGCAGCACAGCAGUCGUCUGGCAGGGUGCCCAGCCGACCAGGUGCUGCUGCUGCUGCUGCUGCUGCUGCAGCCGGGGGCUCUGGGGAGGUUUUUACUGGAGCAGGUGAUGUGGCUGCUGGUGCUGCCCAUGGCAGCUUGGAGGGCAAGAAGCUUCUGGGAAAGAGAACUCUGCAGGAACUGGCGAAGCAGGUGGACCCGCGCAUGCAGCUGGACCCCGAGGUGGAGGAGGUGCUGCUCGACAUCGCCGAUGACUUCAUCCAAUCUGUGACAGCGUUUGGCUGCCAGCUGGCGCGGCAUCGCAAGUCGCAAGUGCUGGAGGCGAAGGACGUUCUCCUGCACCUCGAGCGCAACUGGCACAUGCGGAUUCCUGGCUUCACGGGGGAUGACUACCGCGUCUACAAGCGCCCUCCAGUCACAGAGGUGCAUCGCCAACGCCUGGCAGCUGUCCGGCGAUCAGCAGCCACGGCAGCCAGCGAAGCCCACACGUCGCCCUCUGCUCCCGCAGCUCCUGCCUCCACCGUUCCCUCUGGCCACACUGGUGCUCAAGCACACGCACCACAUGGCAUGCAUGGAGCGCAUGCAGGCAUGGCGAAGCUCGCAUCGCCCAACUUGAAGCAGCAGGGAGGAGCAUCAGGGCCUCUGAGCCCUGUGGGGGGCACUGUGCAAUCGUUUAAGAACCAUUGAGGAUCGGGUGGCCAAAUUCCAAUGAAGCAUAUGGAUAGCUUUUGAUAAGGCUUUUUUGUGGGCGUUUUUAGUGUAAUCUUGGUUUGGUGUACAA